AUGGCGAAGUUAGAGCCAAUGGCCAACGGCUACUACCUUUGGCAUUAUAUUCCUUCAACAGCCGCCGGAGUGAUCUUCACUGUACUUUUCUUUAUGAUUACAGCAUUCCACUCAUGGAAGUUAUUCAAAUCCAAGGCCUUCUUCACCCUUCCAUUUGCCAUUGGUGGGCUGUUCGAAAUCAUCGGCUACGCUGCGCGAGUGGCUGCCCACGACAAGACUGGCGAGCUGAUGCCCUAUGUCAUCCAGAGCAUAUUUCUCCUUCUCGCGCCGAUCCUCUUCGCUGCCACCGUCUACAUGGUUCUUGCACGCAUUAUCAGCAGCGUUAAUGCGGAGCAAUACUCCCCUAUUCGCAUUAAAUGGGUGACAAAGAUAUUUGUCGGUUGUGAUAUCGUCACCUUCCUCAUCCAAGGCAGUGGCGCCGGAAUAAUGGCCAUAGGCAGCAUGAGCACGACGGGGCAGAGCAUUGUGCUAGCUGGUCUGAUUUUGCAAAUCAUCACAUUCGUCUUGUUCCUAGUCACGGCGAUUGUGUUCGAAAAGCGCAUGAAAGCGUGUUCUGCCACGGAAACUCCGCAUGUUGGCUCGCCUUGGAAGAAGCAUUUACUCAGCUUGUACGCAGUCAGUGCUAUGAUCCUGCUUCGCUCAGUUUUCCGUGUCAUUGAAUACGGAUUGGGCAAUGACGGGUACUUGCUGGCAAAUGAAUGGCCUACCUAUGUUCUAGAUGCAGUUCCCAUGUUCAUCGCUAUGGUUUGUUUCGCUUAUUGGUACCCGAGUGAGCUGCAGCCAUCUUUGAUUAAAUCAGAGUCAGGGGCCGAGUUGGCUUCUGUGGGAGCAACACUGGAAGUUUAA